AUGGAUUGGCCCUGGACUCUGAGUGCAUUGCUAUUCAUAGCCUUACUGACGUCAGUCCACUGCCAGAGUGGUGAUGGAGGGGACUGGGGAUCAGGCAGCAUGGCAGAGUUUAUGUUCAACAGUUCCAUGGAUCUUCUUCCAAAAUCUGUCAGAGACGAUCCAGGAAGUCCUAUGAGCACAGACAUGGCCAGACCACUUUUUGAAGGCAUUUCAGAGAAAGAAGCAGGUGACUGCUCUGUCAGUUUCUACACCAGCCAAACUCUGUCCAGACGACUACGGGUGGCCAGAGAAGAGCUGGCUUAUCUAAAAACCCUCCAGCAUGGAAACCAGGCAGUAGUGGAAAAUCUUAUUCAGUUUGUUGGCGCAGAGAUGGGGGACAGACGCUAUGAGGAGAUUGUUCAGGAAAAUGUCGUUGACGUCAAGGAGAAUCAUGCUAGUUGUGAAGAAAUGAUGACAAAAGCAACUGAUGAGCUGGAGAACCAGCUGGAGGGAGAUGUCCUGAAAGCUGAGUCUGCUAUUCAGAAAAUCAAAGAGGAGUCAGUGACUUUUGAAGCGAUGCUGCGAUCCACAGCGAACAUUGCCAGCCGACUGGAAAUCUUCACACAGACCCUGCACAUGCAGCUAACCGAGCAGCUGAGAAAGGGAGUCCAGCUCAAAGAUAAAAGGACAUAAACCCUGACUCAACUUGAAUUUAGCAGAAAAAAGCAAUGCAGUCCAAUUUCAGAUCGCUAGCUGAGUGUUACUGGCUGGCUCGGUGCUCGGGUCCAGAUGGAGAGCAGUCAACUCUGGGCCCCUCAGUUAGCACAGAUACAUGUUACAGCUGUGGAAAAACAGACAAAUGACAUUGAGGUCAUGCAAGGUGGAGCCUUUAUCUGGCAUCCAAAGCUCAGCAAAGAGUAACUAUUAAUAUUACUCAUGUCCUUAGUUGGUAAGGAUUAACAUAAAACCUGUUGAGCUGAAUAUAUAGUAUGUGCAAAAUUUGGACCA